GCGCGUCCGCGUGUGCGAGAUUCCAGCCCGUCUCACGUGUUGUGCGUGUGUGUGUGUGUGUGUAUAAAAGCGUCUCUGUCUCUCCCCACCAUGUCGAGUGUGUCACCGGACAAACGGAGGAAAAUGGAGUCUGCUCUGAACCAGCUGAAGAAGCACACGGUGGUGGUCGCGGACACGGGAGACUUUAACGCCAUUGAUGAGUACAAGCCUCAGGAUGCCACCACCAACCCUUCUCUCAUCCUGGCUGCCUCCAAGAUGCCAGCCUACCAGCACCUCGUCGACCAGGCCAUUAAAUACGGCAUCGCCAAAGGCGGAACCGAAGAGGAGCAGGUGACCAACACCAUGGACAAGCUGUUUGUCAGCUUUGGUCUGGAGAUCCUGAAGAAGAUCCCAGGCCGUGUCUCCACUGAGGUGGAUGCAAGGCUGUCCUUUGAUGCAGAUAAAAUGAUUGCCAGAGCCUUGAGGCUCAUUGCACUUUAUGAAGAGGCAGGCAUCAGCAAGGAGCGCGUCCUUAUCAAGCUGUCGUCCACAUGGGAGGGCAUCCAGGCCGGCAAGGUGCUGGAGGAGAAGCAUGGCGUUCACUGCAACAUGACCCUGCUGUUCUCGUUUGCUCAGGCUGUGGCCUGUGCAGAGGCGAAGGUCACCCUCAUCUCUCCUUUCGUGGGCAGAAUCCUCGACUGGUUCAAAGAAAACACAGACCGCAAGAGCUUUGAGCCACACGAGGACCCAGGUGUGCUGAGCGUCACCAAGAUCUACAACUACUACAAGAAGUUCGGCUACACCACCGUGGUGAUGGGAGCCUCCUUCAGGAACACGGGCCAGGUGAAGGCGCUGGCCGGCUGCGACCUGCUCACCAUCUCCCCCGCCCUGCUGGGAGAGCUGAGCCAGGACCACAGCACCGUGUCCGAGAUGCUCAACGAGCAGAAAGCUAAGGCCUGCGACCUGGAGAAGAUCCACCUGGAUGAGAAGGCUUUCCGCUGGCAGCACAACGAGGACCGCAUGGCCGUGGAGAAACUCUCUGACGGCAUCCGCAAGUUCGCUGCAGACGCCAUCAAGCUGGAGACCAUGAUCAAAGAGAAAAUGCUGAACGUGAAAAACGGCCAGUAGUGUGCGAGUCAGACAUCUCUCUCCACGUUGACGGGACCUCCGCGGCGUCACCCCGCCCUCUUUACCUCCUUCAACUCAAAGAGAAAAGGGUCCAAGACAUGAGAGCCUCCCCUCCCUGAUCCAACUCCUGCAGAGACUCCCUCCUCCACGGACGCCUCGCCUCCCUAAACCUGGGGUUGACUCUGAAUUUGGGCUUUUUAUUCUGACCACACAAAAUGUAAAUGGUGAUUGAUGCUAAGCUGGUGUCGGAGUGGCUGUAAAAUAAUGUCAAUUAGAGAUUUUUCCAGAAGAAAUGUCUUAAUCAGACUUGGCCCCCUAUCACAUGGUUGGUGGCUUGUGACUACUAGCGAGGACCAUGAGCACUUUUUGGUUGGAGGGGACCACCGGUUUCUGGUUGUGCAGAAACACCAUUUGAAAAGGGUUGAAGGCAAAAGUAAAAAAAAACAAAAAAACAAUUGUAACAUUCCUCGGACUAUAAUCAAGAGUUUUACUGUUUGACUAAAUAAAGUUCUCCUCAGUCGA